GUGAUCCGUCUGCGUGCUGCCUUUGCCCAGGGUCCCUCGGUGGUUCUGGCUCUGGAUCUCCUCGUGGGUGACCUUGGGGGUGUCCUGAGAGCGGCUCCGGCGCCGCUGCCGCUGCCCAGGGUGAGAGCACUGCUGGCCAUGACCCUGAGAGGGCUGGGACAUGUUCAUGAGAACCAUCUACUGCACAGGGAUCUCAAACCAGCCAAUCUCCUGUUGGACUCGCGGGGUCUCCUCAAAUUGGCCGAUUUUGGGCUCUCUCGGCUGCUCCACCCCAGCCCAGGGCGCCCCUACAGCCACCAGGUGGCCACCAGGUGGUACCGAGCCCCGGAGCUGCUCUACGGCGCCCGAAGCUACGACGAGGGCGUCGACCUCUGGGCCGUCGGGUGCAUUUUCGGGGAGCUGCUGACGCUGUCGCCGCUGUUCCCGGGGGAGAACGACAUCGAGCAGCUCUGCUGUGUCCUCAGGGGACUGGGGACACCCCGGGAUAGCGACUGGCCGGAGCUCUCAGCUCUCCCCGAUUUCCCCAAGCUCCAUUUCCACCCCACGGCCCCUCCCCCACUGGAGCUGUUGGUUCCCGGAGCCGACGCCGCUGCUCUGGAUCUGCUGGGGCGGCUCCUCCAGUACCGGGCCCGGCUCAGACCCAGAGCCCAGCAG